GCUGCUAUGUGUAUAGCUAUAGCUGAAUAGCAUUGACAGGAGGUCUGUGGUGUCAGGAAUAAAGAGAAAUCAACGUAAAGGAACAGUAUUGUUCCUCUCUGAAAGCUUAGGUCGGAUUUUUUUUAAAUAAUGGAGCUUUUUGACUCUGCAAUUAUACGGAUCAGUGAAGCGUAUAGUUUCCGUAGGUGCACGGGUUAUCUUGCAUAAUAAUGAGUUAAUAACUAGUAAAUUAACCAGUGGGCAGUCAUAACAUGAGGAAUGGUUAUACUCUAUCAGAGAAAGAAAGAAGAGAAUAAAAGAAGGAAAAGCUCUUAAAUAAAUGGCGGCUCCUAGAGACACACUUUCACUUACUGUAAUUACUAAAGACGUACAGUCAAGCCACACCCCUAACUCCUCCCCCUUAUCAAUAAUAGCUAGUCGUACCACGAGCUCUGAUGACAUCAUUAGGAUUUCACUUGAUCGGCUCCAGGUUUAUGAAGACUCCUCCCUCUUCUGCCUCGUCUGUCUCGAUAAGAACGGUGACAUCACUCAUGCCUUCUCUCCUUCGGACUAUCCCCUAGUUGCCAUGGAAACAGACGUCAAAGUAGGCGUGGCAAAGACCCUACAUGUUCGUAAACGUGCCAGUGCCUCAUCAAGCCUCUUGAGUUCUUUCACUGAGUCUCUGUCGGGUCUCACGUUAAGCGAUAGUUUGGAGGCGUUGGCUGAAAUUGAUGACUUGUGUAAACUGGAGGAUCUCACUGAAGACCUAAUGCUCUCGAUUUUAAAGUCUCGUUUUGAUUCUAACCGUAUCUAUACUUACGUUGGUUCAAUCCUGAUAGCCAUCAACCCGUAUUACUUCUAUUCUAUAUAUAAUCCUAAGUACUGCUCCCUCUACCAGGGGAAGCACCUCGGGGAACUCCCUCCUCACAUAUUCGCCAUUGCUGACGACUCCUACUCUUCCAUGUUAGCUGAUAAGACUGAUCAGGCUGUCAUUAUUAGCGGGGAGAGUGGAGCAGGGAAGACUGAAUCGACAAAGUUCCUCUUGCACCAGUUAAUGCAGUUGUCUGCUAAAUAUGAGGAAACCUCUUCCCUGGAUCUCAUCACACUCGGCACUGGUCCUGUGCUAGAGGCUUUUGGCAACGCAAAGACGAUUGCUAAUAACAACAGCUCAAGAUUUGGCAAAUUUAUACUAGUCAAGUUCAAGGAGAAUGGAGCUUACUUUGGUGCUUCUAUUGAGAAGUAUCUUCUUGAGAAGAGCAGGAUAAUUAGCCAGGCACCAGGAGAAAGGAAUUAUCACGUAUUUUAUUACCUGUUAUCUGGAGCUGAUACCAACCUUAAAACUAAACUUCACUUACUGUCUCUCGAUGAGUACCGCUACCUCCAGUCCUCAGGGACCAAUGAAUUGGAGGGAGGGGGAGACGAAGCAGCUGAAUUCCAUCGACUGAAAGAAUCAUUGAGAAUGUUGAAGUUUACUGGAGAAAUACAAGACAGUAUGUUUACUGUCCUCUCUGCUAUUCUACACAUCGGGAACAUUAAAUUUGAAAAGAUCAGUGGAGGUGAGAAGGUUCAGGUGUCCAAUCUUAAGACGGCUCAGGUCAUAUCAACUCUCCUUCAAGUUGAUCAGGACAUUCUCCUUGAGGCACUCGUCACUCGUAAAUCAAAAGCAGGUGGAAUGGACACCUUUGUGACGCACUAUAAACUUGAUGAGGCUAUGGCUACCUGUGAUGCAAUGGCUAAAGCUUUAUAUGGAGCUCUCUUUGACUGGAUAGUUGAUAAGGUGAACGGAGCUCUGGUGGGUCAGUUUGCUAAAGGUCCUCAUAAAGGGAAUACCAUUGGGGUUCUUGAUAUAUUUGGAUUUGAGGUCUUCCCAAAGAACUCAUUCGAGCAGUUUUGUAUCAAUUAUGCAAAUGAACAGCUCCAGCAGUACUUUAAUAAGCACAUUUUCAAACUGGAACAGGUUGAGUACCAGUCCGAGGGUAUUGAGUGGAGGAGUGUUCGUUUUGAGGACAACAGUGACUGCAUUGAUCUCAUUUCUAAGAAACCAACUGGACUCCUCCCACUCCUGGACGAGGAGUGCAGUUUUCCAGGUGCUGAUGAUCUGUCACUUUUUGGAAAGUUUGAGAGGCAGCAUAAAGGAAGCUCCACCCACUACUCCUCCCCCCAGUUGAAGAGGAAGGAACCAGUCUUCACCAUCAGUCACUAUGCAAGCCCUGUCACCUACUCUAUACAAGGUUUCAGAGAGAAGAACCGUGACCUCAUGCGUCAGGAUGUUGUUGAGGUCCUUAAGACGAGUCGUAUGAACCUUGUCCGGUCCCUGAUCGGUCUUCAUUCUUAUGCUGCCCAUCGGUGGAGACUAGCAACUGCUACUGUACUGGGAGCAGUGAGGUUCAUCUGGAGUGGGAGGAGGAGGAGGAGGAGACAACAAGAGGAGGAGGAUUAUAACUUAGCCACAUCCUACAGUAGGAAGAAGAGACCAGUCUCCUCUCCUCCAGUGAGUCCAAGUCAUGAAACCAAGAGCUCAGCAAUGCAGAGAGUACUGUCAGCUAGUAAUGUGCUAGGGGGUGUGUCUACUGACGAUAAGGGAACUGGUAAUAUUAAACUAAAGAGUGUGGGGCAGAGACUCUCAGCUGUACAAGAACCAGCUGGUAAAGAUGAUACAGACAGUGUUUCACUCCAUCAGCUGUCAGCCCCUCACUCCUCAGCUGAGAGACACCCCUCCAUUGCUCACCUGUUCAAAAAGAAAUGGCAUCACUCCCUCAGAGCCAAGAUGGAGGGAAAGAACGAGAGAGAGGACCUGGGCCUGCUAAUGGCUACUGGCGGGCUAAUGAUGGGAGGGGCUGGGGGUGGAGUCAGCAGUAAAGAUAAGAUAUAUAGAUCAGCCCCUAGAGUGAAAAUUGAUUCCAGUCGUACAUCAGGUGGUAAGUUACAGCAGCUGGCCGGGACUGGCUCAAGUAGGCGUGGUCAAACUAAGACAGUGAGUGCUGAGUUCCACACAUCACUAGUCUACCUCAUGGAGCAGCUGGAGAGGACACACCCUUACUUUAUCAGGUGUAUCAAAUCAAAUGGAGUAAAGGCUUCAAGACAGUUUGAUUCUGAGCUAGUGACCCGACAGUUGCGAUACACUGGUAUGAUGGAGACCAUUAGGAUAAGGAAGGCAGGGUUCUCCGUUAGAAUGACCUUUGAAGACUUUUAUGAAAAAUACCAGUUUCUUAUUGGACGGAAGGAUAAGGACCUGGCCAAUCAGAUUAGAGGAUUCCUUGAGACUCUGGGCUUUUCAAACAAUGACGUUCAAAUUGGAAAUACAAAAGUGUUCAUGAGGGAUAGACAGAAGCAUACAUUGCAGGACCUCCUGGAGGAGAAGGUCCUGAAUAAGAUUAUUGUAAUUCAAAGAUGGACAAGAGCUAAACUGCAUCGCUGCCGGUUCUUACAAAUGAGAAGAACCGUCUUAUUAAUGCAGAGGUAUUCAAGAGGGUUUCUAUCUAGACAGAAUUAUUCUAACUAUCGCCAGAGGGUUUGCUCUUCAGUGAUCAUCCAAUCAUCCUGGAGGACAUACUUUCACAGAAAACGUUUUCUACUUUUAAGAGAAGCAGCUGUUCUAUUCCAAGCACACUGGAGGGGGAAGUCAGCUAGGAAGACUUAUUACGCUGCUCUUGAAAGAGAGAGAGAGAGGAAGAGACUGUUAGAAGAAGAAGCUAUAGAGAAGGAGCAAAUCAGACGAGAGAGAGAAAGGAAAAUGGCUGAGGAAGAGCAGUCUUUAUUAAGUGAUCUUGAGUCACUUGAAACUGAAAUAUUGCAACAAGAAAAGGAAAGGGAUGCUCCUCUAGUCCUAGCUGACAUUGAUACUCUACUCUCUACCUCUAAUGGUGGUGAUAGACCUGAAACCACACCCACCAAAACUGUGGCCACACCUACUUUAGCCACACCCAUUACCGAAGUUAUCUCUCCUUCUGUUACUGACACCACACCCACUAUUGCCGAUUCAGAAUUUAAUAAAAAAUUUAAAAAUUCUGAAGAAGCUCCACCAACUGACUCCGCCCAAAUUACUGGUAUUAUAGAUCAGUUCUCUGGUAACCAUGACAACAAGCCACACCCUGUUAAGCUCUCUCGGAAGGCUCCCAUUGGUCGUGUGAAGUCGCCGUUUCUUGAAAAAGAAAACCGUCAAUCUGUGACCCCUUCACCGGAACCCCUCAAGGGAAAUUCCUCCCCAGAACCCCUGCAAGAAGGCAAUGAAAAUAUUAUUGUAAUGAAAGAUGAUAUUCCUCUUGUUACUAAAGAACUUCCGGUUGUCAUGGAAACGAGGACCACACCUUUAAAAGAAGCUCCUGCAGUUCGUAAGAAGCCUCAACGAUGGAAAGUACAGAACAAGACUGGGGGCCACACCCCCUCAGGUCACACCCCCAAACCACCUGAUGACCUCUUGCUAGACUCUUUAUCUGAUGAAGAUCUUGAUACUACUGUUACCACGACAACUGAAGAGGGUGUGGCCUCUAAUAAAGAGGCUCCGCCCACCAAAAGAGGUAUCACUCGUUCACUAGGCGAUGCUGCUGAAUUAGAUAAUGAAACUCCGCCUACUUCAUCUUCAACUCUCACUACUUCACUCCACCUCUCAGAGGCACUCAAGAGUCGGUCCUUUGAUGAAACGUGUGAGUUUACACGAGGACUCUCACCUGAUGACAUGUACCAGGCAAACUAUCAGUUGAGACACACUGGAGACACACCCACUGGGGAAAGGGAGGAGGAGUCAGCUCGUGAGAGUCCUAAGGAGAGUCGGUUUGUAGUGAACAGGAAGAGAUGGGGGAGGAGGAGUCCUAAACUAAAAGGACCCAAGAAGGAGGCCGGGGGGCACCCCCUCCUUUCAAAGAUACAAAGGAUCACCUCACCCAGUGCCAGUGGGGAGAACACACCAUACCUUGGACUGAGUCCUUCAAAGAAACCACCUAACCUAUCAAAGGAUUCAAAACCAAAUGUCCAUUCGUAUAAAACCAGUUCCAUGAACAAGUCUUUGGUGUGUCUGGUGUGCAGUAAAGGGUUCAGUGGGUUUCUGAAACAAGGAUCUAAAUGCGUCACCUGUGGUAUUGUUGUUCAUAAACACUGUCAUGACAGAGCUCCACUGUGUAACGACCCUGCCAGACCUGGUCAACAGGUUGUCAUGGCAACGGAGGUUGUGGUAUCUGAUAAUGAUGAAUUGGACGAGCUCUCACGAUUUUUAGUGGAAAAACACGUGCAGUUACUUCAUAAAAUGGCUCAACUCACGCCUGAUAGAACUGAGCCGCUUGAUAAUAUCUUUCAAAAGUCUUUGUGUGAAUUCCAGUUCAAUCUUGUCUCCAAUUACUCACUCACAGUCCAACAGCAUCAGGAUUCUUCUGAUACCAACGGUCACACAACAGCUUCAACUCCUCCCACUAAUAUUGACUCCUCCUCCUCCUCUUCUACAAAGAACACUCCAGUCACUUAUACUAUGGACAAUCUGGUCAACAAGUUCUCCAGCAUCUAUCGCUCUAUGGGGUACAAUGAGAACCUUCCUCUUCAUUCAUCUGAUGUCGCUAUUGGAGUCAAUCACAUUAGGACACUCCUCGAUGAGUUUGUAAAAUCAAGACAAUACAGGGUGAGGGUUUUAAGUAAUGAUUCUAAAAUGCGGCCAACAAAAAUGAAAAGAAGAAAAUCGACAGCUACCAAGGAAGUUCACUUCAGGACUCAUAAAGGCCACAAGUUUGUUCUGACUCAGUUUAAUGCUAGGACAGUCUGUGAUCAGUGCUCUGUUCUCAUUCCUGUACUGGCUAAAGGGGAAAUGUGUCAAGAGUGCAGUUAUGCUUGUCAUGAAUAUUGUACUAAGAAGGUGUCACUGAAAUGUGAAGGAAAAGGGUGGAGCAGAGGGGGAGGAGCUAAAGUUGCUAAUGAGGUUUCUUCUAAGUCAAGGUUUGGAGUGCCAUUAGAGCAACUGGUUCCAGCUGGUGCAAUAAAAGUACCAACCUUCUUAGAGAAGUGCUUCAUUUGCAUUGAAAACAAUGGUCUUUAUACUCAAGGUAUAUACAGGCGAUCAGCAGGUGGCUCUAGUAAAAGAUCAGUAAGAGAGGCCCUUGAGAAUGAUCCUGAGGGAGUUGAUUUAGAUAACUUUAGUUUAUAUGCAGUGGCCGCCACUGUCACUUCUUUUUUUAGAGAGCUCCCUCAACCACUUCUAACCCGCCACCUCUACAAUGACUUUAUAAGAGCCACUGAUCUGUCUGAUCCUGCUGAUAUGAUGGAGACGCUCCACAGGAUUAUAGAUCGUCUUCCUGACAUGAAUCACUGUGUUUUUGAGAGACUGAUAUUCAACCUAGCCAGGAUAGCACAGCAGGGAGCAGUCAAUAAAAUGGAUCCACACAAUCUUGCCAUCAUAUUUGCUCCGUCUCUUUUACAAGGAGACAAUUCUUCUAAUCCGGACCAGCUCCUAAAGAUGAUGCCUAAACAGACAAAGGUAAUAGAGAGUAUUAUUAAUGAACAGUUGGAUAAACUAGCUGUUACUCUUAAAGAUAUUCGUGACCUCACUUCAGUAGCAAGAACUGCGGCUAACAGACUGAGCAAACUACAAGAAGACACCAAGGAGAAUGUUAAAUCUCCUGCUCCUUUAAAGAAGAAGAUGGAAGCUUUAGAGGAAAAGAAAGAGAAUGAGAAGAAGAGCCAUCAGUUGGAGAAUGGCAGUCAACAAGAAGAGGCUAUAUCAGAGAAAGAAAGACUAAAGAAUGAACUGAAACUCAUUGAAAGAGACAGAGCUGUGUUGACAGCAAGUCUUCCUAAACUGGAGCCAUUUCCAAGUCACACAUUGAAUAAAAGGUCUGAGACUUUUCCUUCAUCUUCUCUCUCAACUAGCAAUGGAGGACAGUCUCAUGUAGCCAUUACUGGUACAGGGAGGGAAGAGUUCCUUAAAAGACAACUGAUGUUUGCUGGAGGAGAGGAAGCUGUUCAUAGAAGUCCUUGUGUUAUUAAAGUAGAAAAUGAAGAGAGAGAGGAACUGUCAGUACCACCAGUUCAGGAAGAACCAGUAGCAGUUGCCACUGAUGAAGAGAAGGAACUAGCUGAAGAGAAUCAACAAGAGAAUGAAGCUGAAGAAAGAGAUUCAUUACCAGAUUUACCAGCUGCUGUUACACUCUCAUCUCUCACUAAAAAUAGAGUAACUCAAAAACCUUUUGCAAAGCGGCGACCGCCCACGCGUCAUAACCUCAUCAACCAAUCAAAUUUGACGAACAAUGAAGAUAACAUACAGUGACUUAUACAUUAACUUUGUUUAUACGUUUGUGUGGCUCUUAGCUACCAUUUUUCAUAUGCUCUUUCUCUCUUUUAUAAUCUUACAAUCACUUUUCAUUUUAUGAUUACUUAACUUAUGUAUCAGGUAUCACUAUGUUGUUAUUAUUAUUAUUAUCAUUAUUAAAGUGAUUCUUAGUUUGUAUUUUACUAUCAAUUUUUGACUUUUAAGUUAUUAGGUGGGUGUGUCCUACUGUUAAUA